CAGGCACGUCUCGUCACGCGGGCUAGUGGGUAGGGAGGGGAGGCUUCAGCGAGGACGCUCUCGUGCCGGCCCCGCCCCUUCUCCUCGUGAACGCGCCCAGCCGCGCUGCUCUCCGCCUGCUGCCCUUUCCUCCGCGGUGCUCCCUGACAGGAGGCGACAUGGCCACGCGCAGGAACCCCAAAAGCGGCAGCCCCGCACCUGGAGCCCGGAGAGAAACAAAGCAUGGAAACAAGAAUGGCAAGAAAGAGGGCGUUUCUGGAAGUUCAUUUUUUACGUGGUUUAUGGUAAUUGCACUACUGGGAGUAUGGACAUCAGUUGCAGUGGUUUGGUUUGAACUUGUAGAUUACGAGGAAGUCCUAGCCAAAGCAAAGGACUUCCAAUAUAACUUCUCAGAGGUACUUCAAGGGAAGCUUGGGAUCUAUGAUGCUGAUGGGGACGGUGAUUUUGAUGUGGACGAUGCCAAGAUUUUACUAGGACUCAAAGAAAGAUCUGUACUUGAACAACCAACACUAGAAGAUGCUGAAGAGGUGAUUCAUCAGCCUGCAGACCAGCAACCCAUUAGAGCAGCUAAAGAAGAACACAGGAGUGCUGAAGCAGAACCUGAAGAUGAAAUCGACUCUCUGCUGCGUGAGGCUCUCAACUUACAACUUGGAGAAAUAGAUGAAGAACACGAAGAAACACAGUUUCAGCAGGAAGAGAAUAAUGAAAUACCAGAAGAUACUGUUGAAGUUCCUGCAGUAGAGGCAGACUAUGAUGGGGAAUUUGAAGAUAAAAUGCUAGACAUACUAACAACCCCAGAAUCCUUCCAGGAAGAAUCUCCGAGUGACCAUGAAGUACGAGAACCAGAACUGCAUGAAUCUCAUGAUAAUCAUGAAUAUGACACAGAAGUAGAAGAAAAUAUAUAUGAACCAGUAGAAGCAGAUGCUGGCGAACUAACUCUAGAAGAUGCUCUUGUGCAUGAAACAGAGCUAUUUUCAGAAGCUGAAGAACAGCAAGAUUAUGUGGAUGAACAUGAAAUGGAAAAUGGAGAUUAUGUUCAAACUCAAGAUACUGAUGGAGAACCUGUAACUGAACAUCAUUAUGAAGUCUUUGAGGAGGAAACUUUGCAAGCAGAGCCAAUUGACAGUGCUGAGCAAAGAAAUGAAAAUGGAGCAGAUGCUGUAGGGACUACCACUGAACAUUCUAAGUUCGAUGAGCGAGAACAUGAAAAUGAUCAUAUGGAUGGCCAGCCUCAUGAGAAAGAAGUUCCUGUUCACGCUGAGGGUCAUUUGAAGGAUGAUCUAGUAGGGCAAGGUAAAAAAGAAGCUCAAAGGAAAGAGGCAGCUAAGAAGAAGAAACCUAAGUUGUUCAAUAAGUUUGAUAAAGGUAUUAAAGCAGAGCUUGAAGCUGCAGAGAAGCUGCGUAAAAAGGGGAAAGCAGAAGAUGCUCUGAAGGCAUUUGAAACAUUAGUAAGCAAAUAUCCCACAAGUCCACGGGCAAGAUACGGCAAAGCGCAGAGUGAAGAUGACUUGGCUGAGAAGAUGAGAAGCAAUGAAAUGCUGCAGAGAGCCAUCAGCACCUAUGGAGAGGUUGCUAGUCUACCCAGUGUCCCUAAUGAUCUGGUCAAACUGACUCUGAAACGACGGGCAGACAGGCAGCAAUUUCUUGGUCGCAUGAAAGGUUCACUGGUAACACUGCAAAAACUAGUCAGUCUGUUUCCUAAUGAUACUUCAUUCAAGAAUAACCUUGGAGUGGGCUACCUUUUGAUUGGAGACAACAGCAAUGCCAAAAAGAUUUACGAGGAGGUCUUGAACCUUGCUCCUAAUGAUGGCUUUGCUAAAGUUCAUUAUGGCUUCAUCCUGAAAGCAGAGAACAAGAUUGCAGAAAGCGUUCCUUAUUUGAAAGAAGGUCUAGAAUCAGGAGAUCCUGGUACAGAUGAUGGACGCUUUUACUUUCAUCUGGGGGAUGCCAUGCAGCGAGUUGGCAACAAAGAGGCGUACAAAUGGUAUGAACUUGGCCACCAACGGGGUCACUUUGCUUCUGUCUGGCAGCGUUCUCUAUACAAUGUCAAGGGCAUAAGGGCUCAGCCAUGGUGGACAGCAAAAGAAACAGGUUACACAGAACUGGUCAAGUCCCUAGAAAGAAACUGGAAAAUAAUUCGGGAUGAAGGGCUUGCUGUGAUGGAUAAAGGAAAAGGACUCUUCCUCCCUGAAGAUGAGAACUUGCGAGAGAAAGGUGACUGGAGCCAGUUCACUCUGUGGCAGCAAGGAAGAAAAAAUGACAACGCCUGUAAGAGUGUUCCCAAAACAUGUACAUUAUUGGAACGGUUCCCAGAAGCCAUUGGAUGCAGAAGAGGGCAGAUCAAGUAUUCCGUUAUGCAUCCAGGGACUCAUGUCUGGCCUCACACGGGGCCUACUAACUGUAGGUUGAGGAUGCAUUUAGGUCUAGUGGUUCCAAAAGAAGGCUGCAGGAUUCGAUGUGCUGAAGAAACCAGGAGCUGGGAAGAAGGAAAGGUCCUCAUCUUUGAUGACUCCUUUGAACAUGAAGUUUGGCAGGAUGCCAGUGCUUAUCGUCUAAUAUUCAUUGUGGACGUCUGGCAUCCAGAGUUAACAGCACAGCAGCGACGCACUCUUCCAGCCAUUUAAAGAUGUGUGCUUGAUGCUUUCCCCUUUGAGGUCUAUAUUUUGCAUUGGAAAAUGCUAUCCUUAUAAAAACUGAACUACAGGAAAGCUUCAAAGCAACCUAACCUGUGUAUUAUACCACUGUACAGCACUGAUCUGAUAGCUCUGUAAUCAUGCUGCAAGAACAAAUACCUUAAACUGUAUUAGCCAAAGAACUUCCUGUGCCAGUGUUUUGUAGUGCUUCUAUUAUGUGUUCUGGUUCUUUGGCCUACACUUGUAUUGCUCACUCAACUACUAAAACUUACAGGCAGAUGCAAGGCAUGACAUCUUCCAGAACCUGUUAAAGUGCAAUUUCUGUCAUUUAAAGGAAGUUUGCACUGCAGGAAUGCUUGGUGAACUGUAUCCUACACCACGAUCUACAUACCUAAGUUAGUAAGGUCACUCAUGGGCACAUAUGUGCAGACAAUUUGGAAAUUUGUCAGACUGCAUAGUAACUCAUUUGGAUCUAUUUUGAUACAUUUUAGUGUGAGCUGUAGAUAAUGUAAGUGUUUUUUUAUUUUAAUAGAUAAUUGUAUUUUUCUACCACAGAUAUAUGGACAUGUUUUUACUCUUUAUCAACCACUUUAUUUUUUAACUUUGUUUUAAUUUGUUUUGCAAGAACAGCACCUCACAACCAUUUAGCUACAACAAAACCUUGUAACAUGAAAAAUGCCAAGUAUGUUUUUCUUCUUCCAAGUGGGAAGGCAAAUAAUCUUUUGCCCAUGUUCCAUUCAUGCUUAAAAGUGUUUAGUUCUGCUACUGAAAAGUAUUUUAAGUCUUAAGUGCAUUGAGUUUUCCAAAUAUAUGUCACUUGUGCCUCUGGAUUUGCUGGUCACCUGCUAAACACAAAACAAAAACAAGACACAGCCCUUCAUUUAAAUGGUAGUUGCACAUAUUGUCUUAGGAUAUGCCAUUGUCCCUUUUAUGUACUACCCUGUGAUGGAACUUCUAAGUUCUCCCACAUUUUCAGAGACUGUUACUAGAUUAAUUGGGAGACAUCUAGGCCAAAGUAAAUCCCCUAAGAUGGACUGGUUAAGGUAAAGAUUGUCCCCUCUGCAAGUACUGCAUCAUUACAGACUCGUGGGGUGUCAUUACAUCACAACAUUUACUAGGCAGACUAUGUUUAUUAGGUGAUUUGCAAUUGCCUUUCCCAGACAUAUAUAUUGGGACCAGUUACAAUGGGACAAUUAUGGUGGUAUAUGUGCCUUCCGCAGUGGAGAAUAGUUGGUGGGGAAGGAAUCACAUUUGGAGCCUUAUGUUUCCUCUGUUAUACAACCUUUAUGUGCUCAGCUCCAGCUAGAUUUCCUUGUUGCAGGGGGUCAUGGUUAAGAAAGUAAACCAUGUUGUUGUGGCAUGGUUGCAGCAUAUCAGUCUAAAACAAUAAGAAGAGAUGGCACUUUGAGUCAUAUUCAGUGAAAAUUGGUUAGAUUUGUAUUUUCUGUUUACAUUCAUGGUGAGUAUCAACCCAGUGCCUGCACCAACCAUUAUUUCUAAUUUUUUUUCAUUUCCUUUUUGAAUUAGUGAAAUGAGGUGAUCACUUUGUGACUAAGGUAAGGAAGCCUUUGGUUAGAUUCUCUAAAUUAAGGGUCCCCAACUUUCUUGAAUCCGCAGUCACAUUUGAAAUUCUGACACAGUAUGGUGGGUGCAGAAAAUAGCUGCCCAAAAUGACUGCUGCGAGAGGUGGAGCUAGCCACAAAAUGGCUGCCACAGCUUCUCUUUAGUCACACAAUAAAGAUCUUUGUGUUCUGGUGGCAACUGCUGCCAAGACAACAUCUUUUAAAAAAUUGUACAGCCAAUCAGAAAACUGCUGGGGAAAAGCCCCAUUUGGUUCCACCCACUUUCUAAAAACAGUUGAUGAGCACAAGAAAAGGUGUCUGUGGGUCCUGGGGUGGGGACCCCUGCUCCAAAUUUUGACCAACAGUAUGACAUGUUCUUGUGAGUAAUUCAGGUGCAUAACCCAAAUAUAUGAUAGUUCAGAUUUAAUGCAUUAUAGCAGAUUGUAGAAUUGGAUGUUUGACAUGUUUAGAAGUAAACUACUGAGAUACUACUGAGAUACUCUUAAGCUAAGGAAACCUGUUCAGUCCCAGAUUGCCUAAAUACUAUUUUCUAAUGAAACAACAUAAUCAAUAUUUUACAAAGAUUCAGUCCAGGGGUGUGUGGGUGGUUGUUUUUUUUAGUUUUUAUGAAUGUAAAAAAGUCCUAUGAAGAACAAUUCUAAACAGUUGCUGUAAUCUUUUCAAAGUGCAAGUUUAAGAACUAAAAUGAAAAUGUGGAACGGGAUGUGAAGUUGUAACACUAAGGAAUUUGGCAUUUUUCAGCAUUGCUUUCUCUCAAUUUUUUUGUAAGCAGAUACCAGAGUUUUAUGAGUAGCAGAGUGAAUAAGUCUUCUCCCAACAUUCACAUAGAAGUGUACUGUUGCCCAAUUUGUGUCAUGGUAUAUUGUACUGUUGUGCAUUAAACUAAAGUGCCUUCAA